CCCCUUCGUUCGAUUCACAAACGCGAGACGAUCACCACACGAAUCCUUCUCCUUCUCCGAUAUCGCGAUGUCCUCCUCCUUCGAUCCCUUCGUCGCCGGCGGCGAUGACGCCGUUCCGCCGGCUUCCGCUCGCCCCUUCGAUGACGACGGAUACCUAGGCUACGACCCCCGCCUUCCUUCCCAGCGCUUCGAGUCCUUCUCCUCCUUUUCCCCGGCCAACGACGAGGAUCUAUACGAUGCUCCUAAGAAUAUACCCGACGACGUAUUCAGCGGCGUUGAUGUCCACCAUGUCUCUGUGGGGAGUGCUGGCGGUGGUGGAAGCUUCCCCCCUUCUCCUGAGGCCUUUGGCUACCGCUCGGAUCUCCAGACCGGCUCGUCUCCCUCGCCUUUUGAGAUGCCGGAGGCUAAUGGAGGGCCGGAUCAUGGCGAGAUCUUCUCGGAUGGGCCAUCGCUGCCCCCGCUUAACGAGAUGCAGCCUGAGGAGGGAUUUAUUCUUCGGGAGUGGCGCCGCCAAAAUGCUGAACUUCUGAAGAUAAAAGAAGAAAAGGAAAAGGAGCUCAGGGAAGAUAUAUAUAAAGAAGCUGAUGAUUACAAGAUUGCUUUCCAUGAGAAAAGAAAGGUUAACAGUGAAAUGAACAAGAUCCACAACAGGGAAAGAGAGAAGCUAUUCCUGGCCAACCAGGAAAAAUUCCAUGCCAAUGCUGAUAAACAAUACUGGAAAGCAAUCACAGAGCUCAUUCCAAAUGAGGUACCCAAUAUUGAGAAGAGAGGGAAGAAGAAUGAGGAGAAGAAACCAUCCAUUGUUGUUAUUCAAGGUCCGAAACCUGGCAAGCCCACCGAUCUUUCAAGGAUGCGUCAGAUACUUUUGAAACUGAAACAUAAUCUCCCAGAACAUAUGAAGCCCGCCCCACCACCACCACCACCACCUGCUGCAACCACUGCCAAAGACGGAAAUAAACCAGAGAUCCCCAAAGGAGCCACAACAGAAACCCCUGCUGUUAAACCAGUGGCAGUUGCUGUGAAUUAAACAGAAUGCAUUUCUCCAUCCUGAGCAUUCUGCUGCUUGUUAUUGAGAAUAAGACUGGUAUAAACUUUUGCUUCUCUUUUGGCAGUGUGUUGUUUGAGGAUAGACAAGACUUCCAUGAACUCCCCUAUUUUGAUGUCCAUUUUGUAGAAAGUGUUUUCAGAGUUUAUUGUUUAAUUUGCCA